CCCAAGCAACGGUUUCACCCAUCCGUCAGCCAGUCCCAGUCUUCCCUCCGUCCCGCAUGCACGUCAGUCCGGUGACGUCCCUCACCCAUGCAGCCACCCAUCCAUCCGUCCACCCAUUGCGCACACUCACUACAGCAGCCAGAAAAACACACGACGUCACACCCACACAUAACACAUCCAGCCAUUGAUUGUCACCGCAGCCAACCAGAGACAAUCGAAAAACUGCCAGCUUACGACGGACAGACACUCAACCACAAAGGUGUGAAAAGGGUGUGGUCCUAGCAUAGCAGACUGAUAUCAAACCAGCCAGCUGCUUGAAAGAGAAAGGGAGAGCGUUGACGGGCUGUCUGUCUGUCUUUCUCUACUGUACACACGUCUGUCUGUCCCCACUGAAUCUAUCCGCUGAACCCAUCCACCCGCUGAAACCAACGAUCCAUCCGUCGACCUGCACAACACAGCUCAUGCAAGACGUAAGUGAGCGCAUUGGUUUCUCGUGUCUCGCCUCUCCCUCCCUCACUCCCUCACUCACCCGUGCUGUGUGUGUGUGUUUAGUAGCGAGUCGUCUUGCCCUUCUUCUUCUUGCCCUUCUUCUUGUUGGCCUCCUUCUCGACAGCCGGCGCGGGCCUGGGGUCAAUCUCGUCAUCUCCCGGCGAGUCAGGCGACGAGGACUGCUCCUGGGCAACUGCACACACGCACAACACCCACACCCACACACGACACCAGGCAUGAGAAUCGAUUCAUUGCGGGAGGGACACAUGGCUGGAUAUGUACUUGCUUACCGCGAGAGUUGAAGUUCUGCAGGGCCGCCCCCUUAAGGAGGAAGGAUAGAGCAGAAUAUACACAAACACACACAGUGGUUGUUGGCAUGCACGUAGAAAUGUGUGUAUGUGUUUUCUUCCUCUCUGUCGCUUGCGUGCAUCCGUACGGCCGCGGCGCCCUGAAAUGCACGCCAGCAUGUGUGUGUAUGUGUGUGUGUGUGGUGGGUCUUCUCCCUCUGCGCACCUGUGCGGUGUCGUACUGAGCCGCGUCCUGACACACAACGAACUCAUCCGCAUGUGACUGGGUGGCUGUGUGUGUGUGUGUGGGGGGGGGGGGAGGUACCUCCAACUUGGGGAGGUAGAUGUCGCCGUACGUGUCGUCGUUCAGCUUCUUGGCCAGCCACGUGUUCGUGUGCCAGUCGAGAUACCACUCAAACCCCUCGUAGUCGCGGUAGUCGGAGUUCUCGGCCUCGGGGAUGCUCUUGAGGUACUCGAACCAGGAACGCUGCACGAAGGCAGGCAGGCCGACACACAAAGAGUGAGGGGCGAGCUGCUGGUUGGUGGAGUCCUUUUGUCUGUCUGUGUGCCCCCACCAUCAUCGGCAUGGGACUGAUGGUGCGGAACAUCGUUUUCUCAAACGAGAGCUCGGCGUCAAACUCACUGCAGCAGCCCAGCACCCAUUCAAACCAACACACACACACACACAUACACACAUGUGCCCGUUUGUAUGUGUGUAUGUGUGGCGGCCGGCCGGCCGGCCGUACAGGUACCAUUGCGCCCCGGCGAAGGGUCUAAGUGUUGUGUCGAUGAUGUUGACCAGCGGGCAGAACACCUUGGGGGCCCAGGGCGAAAGCAACUCGACAUACUGACAUGACGCAAACACAGAGAGAGAAGCAAGGGACGCCACACACGCAGCUGUGUACACAUGUCAUCCACAGGUACACACGCGAAUAGCGGCGCACCUGUUUCUUGUUGAUGUACGUGAAGGCCAUGAAGUAGUUCUGCCCAGCGAACGGCUCGCUGCCACAGGGCCCCUUGCGGCCACGACACGUCGAACUGUCCGCAUGCGCGCACCCACACACACACACAUGCAGGGGAAGAACACAUUCACACACGCGAUGACCAUGAGUCUGGUUGUCCGUCGGUCUGUCUGUCUGUCUGUCUGUCUGUCUUGCGUGUGUGUAUGUGCUGUACAUCCCCACCUGCUCACGAGCUCUAUUUUGAUCCCCUCGUCCUUCUUGAGCUCAACUUCCUCCAUCACCAGGUGGAUGGAUGAAGGCAUAGCACAUGUGCGGGCACGUCUGUGAGUGCAUGUUCAUCUGCAUGUGUCUGUACCAUGAGACCCUUGCAGAUUUUCCAGUAGUGGAGCACACCCGACACACCCGUCACCAACGCACUGCCCUUCGCUGUGUGACAUGGACAACCACACACACAGACAAAUGCGCGCGUGGUUGUGGUCAGGUUUGUUUGUUCGGUCUUACACUCCGUGUCCAUGGCCACCAUCGUCCAGUUUUUGGCGAGCUCCAUGCCACUGCACCCGGGGUGCAGGGGCGGCCAGUCGCCACGGCACACGAGGGGCAACUGACCUGACACUACACACACACACACACACACUCUUGUGUUUCAUCCGGACCACGCACAUCAGUGUGUGAGUGUUAUGUGGUCUCACGCAGUUCGAUGAACUGCAGCAGCACUUGAAGCUGGUACCUGCACACAGCACACACACACACCGGACAUACAUUCAUACAGCGGGCCACCUGCUUUGUCCAGUCACUUGGAUAGGCCCUUGAGAUCCUCGUAGUCGAUUGCGGGGGGGUGCUUCUUCUUACGGCGAAUCGUAUCCGCGACCUCCUGCAACCACGAUGGACGGACAGCACACGUGCAGCAAUGUGCGCAUUGCAAGGCAGCAGCCCCAUCCCUCCCUCCCUCCCUCCUCCCCUCCCUGGUGACAUGGAUCUCUCCCUCCCUCACCUCCUCCUUGUGCAUCUUGACCAGAUCCGAGCAGGCCGUGGUGGUGGUGCCGGGCUGGUUGGUCAUGACGCACUGACGGACUGCAGGAGAAGGGUGGCCUCCGUGCAAGCGACACAGGGGAGGAACUUGCGGGGCCUCCACCAAACGUAUGGGUCGGCGGGUGCCUUUUGCGGGCAAAACCAGACAGAGUGACCUUUGCCAGACUCACGGACGAAAGAAAUUGCCUCUGCAGAG